UGGGGAAACGUUUAAGCCUCGAUUUAACAUCACUUCAAGGAGGACGCCAUUUUUGUGCCAAAGAUAUUUUAGUUACAACCUUUUGUUAGUUUACCACUAUGUGGAUGUAAAUAUAACUUUGUUUAAUUGCCAUACAGGCACACAAAAGUCCAAGGAACGGGAAGACAGAUUAAAAGAUGGCGACAGAGGCAGUAGAAGAGUACAGAUCGUCACUGGCUGACCUAAAUUGCAACAGCAAGCCGCUAAUCAACAUGCUGACGAUGCUGGCAGAAGAUCACAAGCAGUAUGCACCACAGAUCGUCCAAGUUAUCGAAGCCCACUUACAAAAGGCACCACCUGCGUUGAAACUUCCAACAUUCUAUUUGAUGGACUCGAUUAUCAAGAACAUAACUGAGCCUUAUUUAUCCCUUUUCACUCAGAACAUAGUAUCAACUUUCUGUGGUGUAUUUGAAAAGGUGGAUGAGAAAACCCGACAAGCCAUGUUCAAGCUGAGACAGACCUGGGCUGAACUGAUGCCAAAUAAGAAAUUAUAUGCACUGGAUUUACGAGUUAGCCAAACAUUAGACCCAGCCUGGCCAAUCACAGCAAAGGAACCUGUGGAUCAACCACCAAGCAUACAUAUUAACCCCAAGUUUUUAAAGGACCAAAGCCAGCCAGCAGUGGAGCCGCCAGUACAGUCAGCAGUGCCAGUGGUGGACUACGAGGACAUCUUUCGCCGGGAACAAGAGGAGUUGAUGCGACAGCAGCUUUUUGAGAAGCAACAGGAGUUGUUACGGCUGCACCAGCAGCGCCUGGAACUGGAGCUAGCGGAAACUAAAGCCAGGCUGGAACAACAGGCCAAGGAACUGCAAGUGAAGGAAAUGUUGCUCAAUCAACAGCAGAGUCAGGUUUCAAACUCCUCCAGUGUAAAUUCAGCCCAAGUCCACUCUACCACUCCAACUGUCAGCACUGCUCCUACAGCCUCACGUGAUCCAAGAGCAAGAGAUCCCCGGGUGUCCAGAGACCCAAGAGUAGCCAGGCAAGCUAAACAACAACAACAACAACAACAACAACCACAGCAGACACAGGAACAUAAACAACAUGCGCCUCCUGCUAAAACAGCACAAACAUCAUCCCCUGUUCAAACACGUACAGACCAAGAAGGAACCACUAAGAAUACUCCUGAAAAAUCAGCUGCAAGCAAGGUAGUGACAGAUAAGAAGCCUGCAUCAAAGACAUCACCAGGUGCCAAAGUAACUCCAGAUAAAGCUAAAGCUACAAAGACUCAGGCAGAAACCAAGCGAAAGGAGAGUCCCAAGGGUUGCAAGGUUUUAGGAAAGGAGACAGCGGAGAAAUCAAAACAGGGAAAUGCCAAAAGCAAAACAGAAAAGCCUAAAGCAGAUUCUAACAAGAAAGAGGUUGAUAAAAACAAAAGAGACACUGACAAAAGGAGCAGUAAGGAAAGUGAAAACUCAGAAUCUACUUCAGCUGGAUCAAGGCGCACAAGCUCCGAGUCUUCUCGGGGCGGGAGGGGGUCUAGAAACUACAGAGGAAGGGACAGAGCAGACAGCCCUGAGUCAAGAACAUCAAGGUCAGCACGUAGAACAAAUAGGGCAGAGGUCAGAUCCAGGUCAAGGUCACCCAGAGGUUCAAGGUCACCUAGAGCUUCCAGUCCAAGUAAAUCCCAAAAUAGACGACCAAGUCGCUCUUCUGUUGAUGAAAAGAACAAGUCAGGUGACAGGAAGAGAGAAAGCAAGGAGAAAGAAGUUGACAAAGAAGCUGAAAGACCCAGUAGCAGUGAAAAAGAUGAUAAAACUAAUAAGAGGGCUCCCAAGCGUGGUUCGAAAGAAAAGGAGGGAAUACCUGAGACAGAAGCUCCACCAAACAAGAAGGGCCGCAAAGAUCAAGAUGUUUCCGCCCAAGAUAAUGAUAACAAGGGCAAGCUGUCUGAUGAUUUAAGUGAACUGUUUGGAAAAGAAGAUGUAGACUACAGAAGACUGCCACCUUUAGCAGUUGACAAACCAAAUACCAGUCAACAUGGAGCAGCCCCACCACCCAGUCCAGGGCAUGCUGGCUGGGCCAGGUUUAAAGCUGACCGCCCAGAGUUUACCAGCCCACUAGCCCCACAUCCGUUCAACAGACAGCAUUCAGAUGAAGGGACAGACCCCCGUGGUACACGGGGUGUCCGAGGUCGACCAGGACUUAGAGGAAGGAGACCCUCUGGACCCUUACUUCCCAGUCCACCCAUUCGUCCCCAUGGACCUCACAGACAGCAGACCCAGAUUUCUCCAGAGACGCGGCGUCUCAGCACUGAUCCCAACCUUAGCAUCCCACGAGAACUGGAGAUGAACCAGAUGCAGGAUAUAUUAAAGCAGGCCGAGAGGCAGUUACAGACGGGAGAACUUUCACAUUCACAGCACCAGGAGCUCCUGAAGCAGCUGAAUGAACUGAUGAAGUUGCAAUCACUAAGAGUUAAACUCAGGGAAGAAAAAGAGAAACUUGGAGAGGAGUCUGAGGCCGUGAUCACUGGAGGUUCCCCACCCUCAACAACCCAUCACGGUCUCCGCCCUGAAGAUGCCAAAGAAUUCAGUGGGAGGGAAGGCAGAGGACCCCCACACCCAAGAGGUGGUCUCCUUGAAAGACCUCGCCCAGAAGACCCUCGGGAAAGAGGGCCACCCAGACACAAUGAGGCAAGACCAUUUCAUCCCCAGAGAGAGCCAUUACUUGAAACACCAGGGCAUGACUGGCAUGAAGAAGCACCAGGCCCCAAAAGGCCACACAGAGGUGUACCUGGAGAACAUUUUUCCCGAACCCCUGAAGAGGGCAGGUCUCCUUUGUAUGUUGAUGCUGAUGAUGGACCAAAUAUGCGAGGAGGCCCAAACCGCCACGGUGGCCCUAGAAGACCUGGUCACAUUGAACAGGAGGGCUGGGAGCCAGAGAUUAUGGAUGGCCCUAGAGGACCAAGAAGACCUGGACCCAUGCAUGGUCCAAGGGGCCCAGGCCCCAGGGGACCCGGCCCUAUGUAUGGCCCCAGGGGCCGUGGCCCUGUUGAUGGUCCAAGAGGACCAGGACCCAGACCUGGCCCAAGACCACUAUUGGAAGGUAUGAGAGGCCCUGAGUUCAUGAAUGGCCCUAGAGGAAGGGGUCCUCCACCAGGUGGUCUGCCCAGGAUACCUAGACUGAUGGAGAAACCUAUGCAUGAUGAGUAUCCACCUUUUCCUUUUGAAGGAGAGGAGUUUACAGGGCCUGAGCCUGAUUUUUAUGGCCCUGGUGACUUUGGACCUCCAAAACGACCAAUGCCCCCACCUAGGGGAGGACCCAUGAAGUCUGGCUCCAUGUCUGAAGUAGUCAUUGAUGACAGACCUUUUGAGCUACGUGUUGGUGUACCAAGAAAAAUUGGUAUUGAUGGUAAACCAUGUGAGGUAAUAGCCGACCCCAACUCCAGGGAGAUUUUUAUUGAUGGACGCUGCUAUUACAGGAUUGGUGACCCAGUGAGAGAAGUUAUCAUUCAUGGAAAGACCCACAAAGUAUUUUUCCAUGGACCUCAGAAAACUAUCUGGAUUGGAGCAAUGCCCUAUGAAAUCCGCAUAGAUGCUCCCCCUCAGAGACUUCUGAUUGACCAGACUGUGUAUGAAUUCAAGGUGAACGGUCCCACAAAAGAGAUGUUCUUGGAUGGCAUUAUGAUUGGUAAAUUUGGCCAGGAGAAUCUGGAAAUGGAUCUAGACGGCCAGAAGUUUGAAAUUAAUUUCAAACCUCCACCUCGCGAGAUCCUCAUUGAUGGCAAACUGUGCCAGCUGAUGCUGGACACAACUGAACCAGUGGUCGCCCACGAGGGCAAAUAUUAUGGAAUCUGCUUCGACGGGCCUCCACGUGAGAUCAUUAUCGAUGACCAGCCUUGGUUGGUUCCUAUGGAUCACCCUAGAAAAGUGAGAAUUGGCAAACGUCCGCACAUGGUGGCCUUUGGAGGACCAGGCUUUGAAGUGCUCAUUGAUGGAAAAAUGUAUGAAGUUCACUUCAAUGGCAUACCUCGAGAGGUUGUGAUAGCAGGGAGGACCCAUACCUUGCAGCUGUUGGGAGCCCCACCAGAAGUGAAGAUUCUAGGUGAAGUACCCUGGCAGCGGCUUGGUCUGCCGCCGGAGUCCAGGCCCCCUGUGAAACCAGGUGGUGAGAGUAUAAAGGCAGAUGUGAAAGAGAAAGAAAAGGUUAUUAAAGAUGGCCAAGCAGAUGUGGCUCCUGGGAGUGAAGAUGGAACAGGACCAAAUCCUCCAGAGAAAGGCAAGCUGGCCAACCCAGAGGACACAGACCCAGGCUGGGGUCCUGUCUUCCAGACCCAGGUCAACAAACCCCAUCAGCAGGGUCCACCACAAAACAGGGACCAGUUUCCUGGGGGUGGCUUCCGUGGGGGCAGAGGUGGUGGUGGUGGUGGUUUCCACCUUGGUGCAGGUCGAGGGCACCCUGAUAAUCGUCCCAACAUGCCUGGGACUGGUAGAGGACAGCGCAGAGACAGAUAUGAGGAGUACCGCAGUAGGGGUCCCCAGGAUGGUCCACAGUUCAAUAAACCAGGCAUGGGUCCUCAGGGUGUGAGGCCCAUGGGACAGCAGCAGCAGGGAAAUCAGCAGCCUGGUGGCAUGAUGAACCUGCAGGCUGUCAUGGGCAUGCAGGGCAUGAUGAUGCCAGGAGCCAUGAUGGGCAUGCAGGGGAUGAUGCCAGGACAGGGCAUGAUGCCAUUCCAGGCCAUGAUGGGACAGCCUUUCAUGUCACAGAUGGGUGUACCAUUUAUGCAACAGCAACCACAGCCCCAGCCCCAGAUCCACAGUCAGAUAGAUGUCAAUGACCUGUUCAGCAAACUGCUUUCUGCUGGCAUUAUCAAGUCUGAUAAGAAGGAACAGACACAGGAAGAAAAGAAAGAAGAGGAGGCUGAAGGCAUUAAUGAGAAGCUGGAAGAUGUCCCAGACCUCACAGCAUUCAAGACAGAGGACAUGAAAGAGAAGCAUAAAGGAGUCAUUCAGAGGCUAUACCAGGGUAUUCAGUGUUCAUCCUGUGCUGUGCGUUUUGCUGUGGAGAAUACAGAGAAGUACCGCGAGCACUUGGACUGGCAUUUCCGCCAGAAUAAAAAGGAGAAAGAGGACGCCAAGGUGGCCAAACACAGGAAGUGGUACUAUGAGAUGCAUGACUGGAUUCAGUAUGAAGAAAUAGUGGAUGAUGAGGAGACGGGUGCCCUGAGUUUCUUUGACCAGGGUGGAGGUGGAGGUGUGGAGAGUGUUGGUGCCAACCCAGCUGUGGUAGGAGCAGAACCCAUCAGCUGUCCUGCAGCGACAGGCAAUGAGUCUGAUGAUAUCUGUGAUGUGUGCCAUGAUCCAUUUGAGCAGUUUUGGGAUGAGGAAGCAGAGGAGUGGCACCUCAAGGAUGCUAUUAGGAUCAAUGGAAAGACUUAUCACCCAGUUUGUUAUGAAGACCCAAAAGAGGGUGGGUUUGCUGGUGGCUCCACACCAACCAGUCCACUGUCCAUGUCUUCAUCUGGCAGCUACUUCACACUGGCCAAUCCAGCUGGACAACAGGGGGCAGAGUCUCUGGCCCCCACUGGACACGGUGAGGAUGACAAGACAGGGGUCAGCAAGAGCGUGGUCAAGGAGGAGUCAGUGAGUGCUCAGGGCAGUGACCAGGGUGGAGAGACCCAGGCUGGUGGUGCAGGGACUGAGGUGAAAACAGAGCCCACAGAUAUUAGCAGUGAUGGUGUUAAACCAACUGAAGAUGGCAGCACUGUAGUGACAGUGAAAGAAGAGCCAAUGGACACAGCUGAUGGGACAGCUGAGGGAAGUGGGAAGCAGGAGGUGACCAGUAGUUCUACAGCAGUGGCAGCUGAGGCCAGCAAGGAAGAGACAAAGACUGACACCCCGGGUGUGGAGGUGAAGGUUGAGAAGGUAAAGACCAAGGAAGAACAGUCUGUUGCCCCAGCCAGAAAUUCCCAGGAGUCACAGGGUGACAAGACUGAGGACUCUGUUGCUAUCAAAGCAGAGCCAGAAACUGCAGUAAAAGCUGAAGGACCAUAGGCUUCACUGUCUGUACCUUUAUUGACAUUUAUCCAUAUUUUCAACUCAUUUUAUUAAGUUCCCCCUUCUUUACAAUUACAGUAACUUGAUUAACUAGUGGGUUAUUUUGUUUUAGCUCCUCGUACUGUGUCUCUGGUAUUUUCUUUUGUAUGGUCUGUUGUAUUCUAAAUCUAUCCCUAGGUCUCAGUUUGAUGUUUACUUCUGCAGCCUUUUUGUACUGUGUUGCUCAAAGCUAAAACAGAAGAUAGCAAGUUGCUAGAUAUAGGUCAAAUUGGAAUGCACGGUAAUGUGCAUUUUGGCCUAUGACAUGAGUAAUAGAAUGUUAUUACUUUCAUUUUCCAAGACUCUUAGUAUUUCAUUUAGUUGCAGUAAGAUAAUGUGAGGACAGUCUAGUAUAUAUGUUACUAUAAGUUGUUAUAUUAAAUAUGACUAAUUUAAACAAGAUCUAAUUGAGUAAGGUAUCUAACAGAUGACUAGUAUCAAGAAGUACUUUUUAAGUUAAUAUAAUUUAUUUAUUGGUUAAAACCACAAAGAGGAUCAUAAGUAUUCAGAGAAGUUUUUCCCUUUAAAACUCUAUGCAUUAUUAUGAUUAUUAUUUAAGUUUUAUUAUUAAGUUUUGUACAAAUAAGGACUUUAUUUGAGCAAUUCUGACUGAUACAGGUUUGGUAGUUUUCUAUGGAGAGAUAGUCUUCGCUAUAUGUUACACAAACAUGCUCAGCCACAGACAAAAGAUGAAAAGAAUUGAGUUUUUUCUUUUUUACUUUUUUCUUUAAAGUUUUUUUUUUUUGCGAGAAAUUGUAGUUAGCAUAAACGUACUAUUUUAGUUUGACUCUCUUAAAUUUUAUUUAGAACUUUAUUUGUAAAUUUAUGUGACAUGCCGUGAAGAAAUCAUUUGUUUCAAGUAAUUUCUUUGAUUAUUCGCAAAAAAAAAGAUACGAGUCAGGAUGUUGACAGUGAGAUUAAUAUCUUUUAACCUUUCAACUUUAUUUCUUUUUGCAGAGAACAUUUGUAUCAAAUAUUGCAUAUACUGUACAUAUAUUUCAUAUAAUGAUGAA